AGGUGUUUGCAAUUGCUGCUGUGGGUUGGUUCGUGUGGCGGCAAAGCAGGCUGGGGCGGACAGCCAAACCGGAAACAGAGUCGAGUGGAAUUUUCAUGACUGCCUACCCCAGCAAGCAAAAUUAUUACCAAAUCGCCAGAGAAGGGAGAGUGCAUGUCAGGUGGAGGGCGGCCACCAAACUCCGCCCCCUCUCUACCCCUCCACUCUUCCUCCUCGGGCUCCCUGGGCAGUCUGCAGACCCCUGACACCUCAUCCCUCUUCCUUUCUUCUCUUGGGAGCCAUGCCAGGCCUCGCACUGCCGAGUUCACCAGUCUCGAAGACCUGCUCAACUUUUCAGGGAUAGCACAGCAAACCUCCUCUCUGGAGGUUCUGGCCCGUGACCUAGAGCAGAAAGGAGCUGCAUCUGCUGGUCCUCCGGAGCCCAAACGACUCUGCACUGAUGUCACAUCUCACUCCUCUCCUCUCUCCCUCUCAGCUAACAAUGCUGCUUCAACAGUUGUAGUUUCCCCUCUUCCUCAGCCAAGGACCUCUGCUGCUCCUCUCACCAGAAAUUCCCCCACAUCGUCUGUCGCCAUCCCAACACUGUUCCAAACCUCUCGACCCAGCAUGCCAGUGGUGCAGUCCACAACUCAGACUAAUCUGACUCCCACAACUACAAGACCAAGUCUAGCAGGGACUCCCCUACUUACUGGCAGUACUGUGAGACUGGUGACUGGGUCCACUACUUCCUCACUCUUACCCCAUUCUUCUUAUUCCAUCAACCCCCCUGUCAUACCCUCAGGCAUUCCGUUCCCCACCUGUCUUCCUUCUUCUCUCUCUACCUUGACUGCCAUCACAACCUCACCAGUUGUUCCUAGUGUUCUCGCUCAGUCUACGACACUCACUUCCUCUGCUACCAUGCCGCCUCACACCUUCUUUCCUUCCUCAACCUCUCUCCAAAUUCCUCCCUCCACAUCAGCCAGUACAUUCUCUAUAUCUAACACAUCCACUACCUCAACAGGUAGUGCUGGCACCAGAACAAACCCACCAGGUGCUGCUCCAACCUCCCUCCCUUCUCUGCCUGCUAGUCCAGCUCAGCGAGCUCUUCUGGUCCAGCUGGUGCAGGCCUACAAACAAUGCUCUGCUCUGGGGGACACACAGGGCCAAGCAAAAGUGAAGGCACAACUAAACCUCCUUUUACAAGCUCAGCAGAAAAUAGCUGCCAUUUCUCCAACCAACCACACCAACUUUUUGCAGACCAAAAAUACUGCGUCUUCCCAGCUUACUGUGACCUCUCCACUGGCAAUACAGCCAGUUACAAUGGCCCCCACCUCCAGCACUUCACUAUCACAGUUCUCUCUACUGAACCCUACCAGCACAUCUGUACCGAACCCUACCAGCACAUCUCUACUGAACCCUACCAGCACAUCUCUGCUGAACCCUACCAGCACAUCUCUGCUGAACCCUACCGGCACAUCUCUACUGAACCCUACCAGCACAUCUCUACUGAACCCUACCGGCACAUCUCUGCUGAACCCUACCAGCACAUCUCUGCUGAACCCUACCGGCACAUCUCUGCUGAACCCUACCGGCACAUCUCUGCUGAACCCUACCGGCACAUCUCUACUGAACCCUACCGGCACAUCUCUGCUGAACUCUACCAGCACAUCUCUGCUGAACCCUACCAGCACAUCUCUGCUGAACCCUACCAGCACAUCUCUGCUGAACCCUACCAGCACCUCUCUGCUGAACCCUACCAGCACAUCUCUGCUGAACCCUACCAGCACAUCUCUACUGAACCUUACUGGAACGUCCCUUUUGCAGUCACCUCAACUCACAUUUUCCCGGCUAACAAGCUCUGCGAAAGGGGUGGAGCCUGUUGCCAUGGAGUCAGUAUCAAACUCUCAGAAGCAAGGAUUCCAGCCGAAUUCCACCUCUCCCUCUACCCACGCACUCACAACACUCACUCCUAUCUCCUCCCAAGCCAGAGUGUCGGCUCCAUCUGGUUCAGCCAGUGCACUCAAGGCAGCUGCCCUCUACAACCUGCGCCUGAGGCAGCUGCAGCUGUUUCUGCAGAGUCUUCCUGAGGACCAGCGACCUCACAGCAUUCCUGAACUCAAAGCUCUCUUGCAGAAGAGCGGAGGACCUCUUGGAGCGCUGACUGCAGCAGCUGUCACAUCAACAACAUCCUCUGCCCCAGUCCCCACUCUGCUCACUUCCUCUCUCCCUCGAUCAGCUGCCAGCCACAUUGUCCCCACUGUGGGCCAGUGUCUGCCUCAGUUGACGCAGGAUCCUCCUGCCACGACCUCAACUCCUGUCACUGCCCCUCCUUCCACAGCUAGCCUCCUGCACAGUUUGGCUCGGGGGAGCAUGCCUCUCUCCCCGACCUCUCUGUUUCACUUCACGGGUAGCCAUCUAUCUUCUGCCUCGCCUUCUGCCUCCUCCCAAUUGCCGACCUCAACCAUUGGGACUGCUGGGACUAUUGGGACCACUCCACCGACCACUGGGACCAUUGUGUCUCUACCAUUGACAACUAGGACCAAUGUACCAUUUACAAUUGGUACCACUUCAACACCACCACUGACCACUGGGACUACUAUUACACCACCACUGACCACUGUGACACCACCCACUGGGACCACUGCGACACUACUGACGACUAAACAGACAAACUCUCAGCCUGUAUCCGAUGUAAAUAAGAGCCUCACCAGCAUCGCCAAUAGUGAGCCAAUCAAGCCAGGGGUUCCCACACCUCUCCCCCCUGGAGUGAACCCAGAGACACUGGGAGUGCUGUGUCGGAUGCCAGACUCUGACCUCCAGAAACUGAAGCUACCUCCUGUGCUCAUGACAGCAAUCCGAGUGUGGAGAGGACAGCAGAGCACAGGUCUUCACCGAGGACGCAAGCCGGUAGGUAGUCAGGCUGUGCCGAUCAUCAUCCCUCCCUCCACCUCUUCCUCCUCACAUCAGAGCACUGCCACAGCUGCAACAUCAGCCCUGACUUCUGCAAGUAGAGGUCAGUCCACCUCGCGACCUGCCACCAGACACCAGGUCAGAGUGGAGCAGAACAAGGCCGAGAAAGACAGACUUGCAGCUCUCAAUAAGGUGUUACAAUCAUCAGAAGAAGCUCGAAUAGCCUACAGGUUCAACAUGUUGAGAGACAAGAUGACCAAUCAGCUGAUGGCGCCAGAUAGCCACACCCCCUUCAAGAGUCUCCAUGACGUCAUUGCGCGACUCCUGCCGUACCACAUGUGGAGUGAAGCUGAGCCACCUCCUGGGGCCAUCGACAAAGCUGAUGCGGUGUACGAGAGUGUGGCCCAAGUUCUGAUGUCACGGAGCCAUGGGCUGAUGAGUAACUACCAGCACCUCAUCUAUAAUGAUGCUAGAAGGGACAGCGAGGCAGUGAUGGGUGUGUGUCUGGAGAGACUCUGGCAAGAGUCCGAGAGAGAGAGGAGAGAGCAGGAGAGUCUGCUGAGUCAGCAGGCUGCACAGGUGGCAGCAGAUCUGAUGAUUGCAGGGGCUCUUGGUUCAGGGGGAGGUCCCCUCUGUGGCUUCGACUUUGAUGCUGAAUUUGCAUUUGGAGACGUUAUGAACUCUGACCCCAUGUUGACAUUUGAACCUGGCAUCACAUGAUCACAAUCACCCUUCUAGAGAGGAAUACAUGACACAAUCUGUACAAUAUUGAACAGACCUUGUGCAGUGCGCAAUAAUAAUAUUUUGUCAUUUAACUUGGAACUCUGCUGGCAAUCUCAAUUGGUCAUUUCCUGUCACUAAUAUUACAUUACAGUAUCUAUGGCAACCAGGUGUGUGCUAUAAAGGUGCAAAAAGAGCAUAACUUUGCAGAGCAAGUGCAUAUCUGUUUGUACUAGACCUGUGUCUGGUCGUCAUUCGUACAAGUCAAAAUGGCGAUGAGGUGGUUUGUAAUGAAGAGUGUGGCUGUGAUUUUGGUGAUGGUGAGGAUGUCUGCAGCUGCCGUCUGUGAGG